UUUCAGUUUCAGAACCGUGCCCGAAAGAUGCCUCGUUAUGAUGAUCGAAUGGGAAAUAGCACUCGUCUCUAUGUGGGACACUUGUCUUCACGGACCCGUUCACGUGAUCUGGAGCGUGUUUUCAGUAAAUAUGGGAGGCAUUUGCCUGGCCUGAAGGUCAAUCUUGAGAGGUGGCCUUGGUGGAAUUGAUGGAAAGUCUUGCCGGGUUUUAGGAGACUUCUGUGAUUCUUUCUAUAAUGGCCUUGGUGGAGUCUUGCCCGGUUUUAGGAGACUUUGGCGGUCCUUUCUAUAAUGUCUUUGCGUAUUUUUAUGGAAUUCCAACAAUCUCAAACUGGUGUAUAGUUCAUCUUGAGGGGCAAAUUCAUGAACUUCCUGUGCUUAUAAGUAAUGAUGGCCUUACUGUUUCUGGCAACCAUUUCCGCAGAGUACGGGAUGUGGACAUGAAGCACGACUACGCAUUUGUUGAAUUUAGUGAUCCUCGAGAUGCUGAUGACGCAAGAUACUAUUUAGAUGGCCGUGACGUUGAUGGACGCCGCAUAAUUGUGGAAUUUGCCAAGGGAGUGCCACGUGGACCAGGCGGUUCGCGUGAAUAUCUUGGCAAAGGACCCGCUCCUGGGUCAGGCCGCUGCUUCAACUGUGGUCUUGAAGGUCAUUGGGCUCGAGAUUGCAAAGCUGGGGAUUGGAAGAACAAGUGUUAUCGGUGUGGAGAAAGAGGUCAUAUAGAAAGGAAAUGCCCAAAUAGUCCUAAAAAACUCAGACGUGAUCGCAGCUACUCACGCUCACCUGUUAGGUCACGUUCUCGCUCACGUUCUCCUCGUCGAAGUUAUAGCAGAAGUCGCAGCUAUAGUCGAUCAAGAUCCCCUCCACCAAAAAGAGAACAAAUCGACCAGGUCAAGCGAUCAAGAAGCUACAGUAGGAGCCCGGAGCCAAUAAAGGCCAAUCCAAGUCCUAGUCCCAGUCCUCCACCCAAGGCGAGGAAGCGCAGCCCAACACCCGAAGAUGGAAGCCCUAUGGAAGAAAAGAGCCCUCCUCCAACCAGAGAAGAAGGUGCCUAUAGCCAAAGCCCUAGAGAAAAAAGUGGAAGUCCUAGGAGGGAUAGCCCAGCUCCUCGAAGGUAUGAUGACAGCCCUGCUGAAGCUAAUGGUGGAAGUCGAAGCCCAAGUCCCAAGUACCAGAGGCGCCAUGAAAAUGAUGAUGAGGAUGAAGGUGAGUUUCAUAAUCAACGCUCGGGUAGAGAGAGCGAAUCACCUUGAUACAUGGUGGAAUCUUUUUGAAUGCAUUUCGUGGACACAAUUUGUCAAGGCUGGACUUUUUGAAGGCCUAAUGAGAUUUUAACUUGAACGAAUUGACUUACAUCUAUAUUUGGGAUUGUUGUAAGUUGGUACAACAGAUGUUGUUUGAUGA